UGGUUCAGUUAUAAAUCUCUUCCAGCAAAGGUUCCGGCAUUUCGGCGUUUUGUUUCCGUGUGGCGGUAGUCGCCGCUCAGCUAGCUGCACCUGAGCUGCAGAUGCAUUUACUCGAUAGCGGUUGCCUGCCUGUCUUCCACUUCUGCAAAGUUCAAGACCUCUGGCGACAUGGCAAGUACAGGUAAGCAGCAAUGAGACUGCUCCAACAAUUGGCAUUGAUUCUUUUUUCAGUCGCCACUGGAGCCAACAAGCUCUCUCGAGAGGACUUUCGACGUCAGAAGGAUCUUGAUGCAGCUCGUAAAGCUGGAACAGCCCCAGCGGCUGUGGACGCAGAGGGAAAGAGUAUCAAUCCGCAUAUCCCCGAAUACAUCACUCGAGCACCAUGGUAUGCCGAUACAGGAGCUCCGUCUCUUGCCCAUCAAAGAUAUCAGCCGAAAGAAAAGACUGGUUUAGAUGACUGGUAUGAUCGAGGGGCGAAAGCUGGACCCGCCGCCAAAAAGUACAGGAAGGGCGCUUGCGAGAAUUGUGGAUCCAUGACUCAUAAGCGUCAAGAUUGCGUAGAGAGGCCGAGAAAGCGAGGAGCCAAAUUCACCGGCAAGGAUAUCCAGGCGGAUGAUGUAGCACAAGAUGUGGGAAGGGAUUACGAUGCUAAACGAGACCGAUGGAACGGUUACGACUCGUCGAGUUAUCGAACGAUCAUGGAGGAAUACGAGGCUACGGAGGCUGCCAGACAAAAGAUCAGAGAGGAGGAAAUUGAUGCUCAGACGUCGACUGAUUUGGCAGCGGUCAAAAAGGUGGCAAAGCAGAAGAAGGAGGACGAUGAGGAUUUCGGAAGUAGUGACGAGGACGAGGUGGAUGAAGACAAGUACGCGGACGCUGCGGACCAAGUUGGUCAAAAACUGGACACCAAGACUCGAAUCACAGUCAGAAAUUUGCGUAUCCGAGAAGAUACCGCCAAGUACUUGAUGAACCUGGAUCCAGACUCCGCCUAUUAUGAUCCGAAGACGAGAUCUAUGCGAGACGCUCCUGAAGCAGGUGUUAGGCCAGAGGACCUCAAAUUUGCCGGUGACAACUUUUUACGAUACUCUGGAGAAGCGACGAACAUGCAAAAGCUUCAGCUGUUCGCUUGGCAAUCUUCACAGCGAGGCAACAAUGUACACAUGCAGGCCAAUCCAACAGCGGGAGAGCUUCUGCACCGAGAAUUCCAGGAGAAGAAGGAGGUCCUCAAGGACUCCAGCAAGGUAUCCAUCUUGGCCAAGUACGGAGGAGAAGAGCAUCUGGAGAGGAUGCCUAAAGAACUGUUAAAUGGUCAAACGGAGCAUUAUGUGGAGUACUCGAGGUCAGGCAAGGUCAUCAAGGGCAUGGAGAAGGCAAAAGCUCGAUCGAAGUAUGUUGAAGACGAGUACGACAACAAUCAUACUGCUAUUUGGGGAUCCUUCUAUGAUCGCGAUGGUGGAAGAUGGGGAUACGCUUGUUGCCAUUCUACCACUCCCGGCUCCUACUGUACUGGAGAAGCUGGAAAAUCAGCAGCCGCUUCAUCUUCCGCAGCUGCUCUGCUAGCUUCAUCGAGUCAACCGUUCUCUAGCAAUAAGGAGCCUGAGAAGACGUUGGUGGAGGAGCACGCAGAAGCUUCGACGUCAAGACCCAAUGGCAAGAGUAAAGAGCUUCCGAAUUACGCCAAGAGGGUCGAUGUGAACGAAGAAGUGGCCAUAGAUCAGGCUGCUCUGAAAAAGGCACUGGAUGAAGAGAAAAAGAGGAAGAAAAUGGGAGACGAUGAAGCUUGGCAAAAUACCAAAAAGUCAAAGACCGAUGUCACUCAGGAGGAACUCGAGGCAUAUCGACUCUCGCGGUCGACUUACGAGGAUCCAAUGGCGAAUUAUCAGGAUACAGAGGAGUAACCAAUCAGUAUUUUGUCUCUCAGUCAAUGUAUAAAUUGUUGUACUUUCGUUGUAGCAAGACACAGAUGCAUU